CCAUGCCUCGGAAACCAACCCUGUUAUCCUGUUAUCAUUUUCGUUUUACGGCGCCAAUAUAACGAGGUCAGCUAUCUAUCGAGCACUAUACUUUUCGACGAUCUACUGAGAACUGCAGAGGCAACGAAAAUGAUGCGAGCAAUCCGAGUAAACAAAUUAGGCGGUCCUCAAGUUCUUCAACUUUCGGAGAAAGUGCCGGUUCCUGAAGUGGAACCACGCAAGGUCUUGGUUCGCGUGAAGGCAGCCGGCGUCAAUCCCGUCGACACGUACAUCCGAGAAGGCACAUUCGCUUACACCUACCCAGUGCCUUUCACACCAGGAAAGGAUGGCGCCGGUGUUGUGGAAGAGGUCGGCGAGGGAGUUGGCAACGUUAAGCCUGGGGAGCGCGUGUUCUUCUCAAUCCGAGAUGCAAAGAACACGCACGGCUCGUACGCCCAGUACUGCCUGGUGAGCGACACUGACGUCUGGAGGCUGCCGGAGCGCAUGUCCUUCGAGAAGGGAGCCGCUCUCGGCAUCCCGUACUUCACGGCUUACCGGGCAAUCGUGCUCAAGGCCAAGGCGCAGGCCUCUCACCGCCUCCUGGUCCAUGGUGCAAGUGGGUCUGUGGGCACAGCUUCCAUUCAGAUUGCCAAACGCCUGGUGGGUUGCCAGGUGGCCGGCACAGCAGGUACCAGCUACGGCAUGGAGCUGGUCAAGAGUCUGGGCGCCGAGUUCACCGCCUGCCACAAGCAGCGAGACUACCUGCCCAAGAUCAUGGAAUGGACUGAAGGACAGGGUCUGGAUGUUGUCAUCGAAAUGCUUGCCAAUGUUAACCUGGACAACGACCUCACUCUCCUACGCAAGAAUGGUGUCGUCAUUGUUGUGGGAAACCGUGGUUCCACCAAAAUCGACGCUAGGCACAUGAUGGGGAAGGAGACGUCCAUCACCGGAGCAGCACUGUUUGCCUCUACUCCCGAAGAAUGGCAAGCCACAGCGGAAGCCGUCAUCAAGGGCAUCGAAGAUGGCUGGCUUGAUCCCGUGAUGGAUCGCACCUAUCCACUGGGUGAUGCCAAGGCAGCCCACCAUGACAUCAUAAACUCAAAAGGUGCAAAAGGCAGGCUUGUUAUUAACCCGGAUCUGUGAUUUCAGCCUCAGCCAUUGCAGGCUUCUAUGGCAUCAGGCAUUCCAGUACGUCACUGCCACAUUUGUAGUUUUUUCACUUUUCGAGGCUGCAAGGCAGGGUAUCAAUUUGCCUGAAUCGUUGCAUCGCGUUUUCCGUUAUGUUCAAUGUUCACGCACUGCGGGAGUACACUGGGAACCAAGGUCCAAGCAGUUUAGGCUCCUGUAGUGCAGAGAAGGUUCAGCAAUUGCUUAGUGAAUUUUUUUUAACCAAGGUAUGACCAAAAUUGUGCCAAAUUUAGCAAAAUGACGUUUUGAUCAAUUGGCAGAAAGCUCUUCCUUGCCAAAAAAAAAGUACUCCCCUUUCAGCUUGUGAUGUUACCUGCUGGAAGCCUUUUCAGCUUUGCAGCAUUCAGGCAAUUCCAUUCUGGGUGCCAGAUUGAAAUUCCAUACUGCUCUCGUAACAAGGAAGGAGUUCAUAAUGUCCACUCCUACAGAUCCCAACCCUAUCCCUCCCCCCAUAGAUCCACUAUGCAUGCACAACAGAUGCUGCAGCCAGUAAACAUAAAAUGCAAAAACCAGAGCCAACACUUGCUAGAAGUGAAUCAAUGAGCCAUUCUUACUAGCAACUCUCCGUUAACUGCAAGUAACUAUGAGAAGCUGAGCUAACCCGUGGUCAUGAUAGUAUAGUCAAGCCUCAGAACGAAGCCACUUUUGGGACAAAAGUACUUUCAUUAUACAAAUAUUCAUUACAUUCUGAUAUUGGUCAUAAACAUUUCACAUUUGCUUAGUCAUAUCCAAUAAUUUGUUAUGUUCGUGUUCGUUACGUCAAGGUUCGACAGUAGAUCUGGCCCCCGGCUAGCGGUCCUUGUAGAUGGUAUAAAAAAAUGUCAACCCAGCUAACGAGUGAUUUUAGCGAGUGCUACCUGUUUAUGAACUUGCUAUUGACUCUGAGCUGCCAAACCUGCAUUACUUGAUCUUUAGAGCAUUUAUCCAUGUACAUGAUGCAAAAUAUUUAAACAUAUCCGUGUUACCGAAGAUGCAGAAUGUUAUUUUUUUCUGCCUGCCUUUUGUUUGUCCAGCACUGAAAAUAAAGCUCCAUUUGCUGUUUUGAUGA